AUGACAAAAAUUCAAGUGUUAGAUCUUGCUGGAAAUGCUUUUACAGGAUCUCUACCAAAUUCAAUAACAAAAGCGAAGCAGCUAUUGAGAUUGGACCUUUCAGACAAUCAUUUGUCUGGAAACAUUCCUGAUUGGUGGUAUGAUUUGCAACAACUUCAAGUCAUAGAUUUGUAUGGGAAUGAUCUUUCAGGUAGUAUUCCUCCUUCAAUAUGUUCACCACCCUCACUUUUUUGGUUGAGACUCAGUCGCAAUAACCUUUCCGGAGAACUUCCUAGAUCGUUUAGGAAUUGCAAUGGCUUGCUUGCACUUGAUAUUGGAGACAACAAUAUCAACGGCACCAUACCCGAGUGGUUUGGAGAAAGUCUCUUAUCUUUGCAAAUGGUUAGAAUGACUGGUAAUAUGAUUGAUGGAAACGCUCCAACACAACUCUGCCAACUUUCUAACCUCCAUAUCCUCGAUCUUUCACAUAACAACUUGACAGGUUCUAUUCCUUCCUGCUUAGGAAGCUUGAGAGGUCUAAAGUCCGUGAAAUUUUACAAGUGGAAUCCCAAUUACUACUAUUUCAGUUAUGUUUUUACAUCCAAGAUGGAGUUGGUUGAGAAAGGAACAAAGAAGAAAUACACCUUUACCUUGGAUCAAGUGAACCUUAUUGAUCUUUCCAGCAACAAUCUUCAUGGUGAAAUCCCAAAAGAAAUUACGAAUCUCUCAGCAUUGGGCACUCUGAAUUUAUCUUGGAACCAAUUAUCAGGAAGAAUUCCAGAGGACAUAGGGAGCAUGCAGAAAUUGGAGACACUGGACCUUUCAUCUAACCAUCUGUCAGGUUCUAUCCCAUUGAGCAUGACAUCCAUCACUUCAUUGAGCUAUCUUAACUUGUCACAUAACAACCUUCAUGGCCCAAUCCCAUCAACAAACCAAUUUGGAACCUUUACUGAUCCUUCAUGUUUCAGAGGUAAUCCUGGACUUUGUGGGAAACCAUUGAUGACAGAUUGCUCUCCAGCCAAGAGAAAAGAAACGGAGAGGAAACUGAAGAUGAUGAUGAUGAGCAUGAAAUAA